AUGGCCGAACACGUCUCCGUUUUGCGCACACCACCUGAAUGCUUCGAAAACAUGCCGGACUGGCCCUAUCAGCCACAUUACCUCCAACAUGGAAACCUCCGCAUGGCUUACGUGGACGAGAGGAACGCAGGCAGUGGCAACUCUGGGGACGAAGAAGAAGUCUUCCUCUGCAUCCACGGGCAACCAACCUGGUCUUACCUGUACCGACGCAUGAUACCCGUCUUUCUCAACCACUCCACACAACCGGGCGCUCGUCCCGCCCGCCGUGUCAUAGCACCGGACCUCUUCGGGUUCGGCCGCAGCGAUAAACCUACAGACGAGAGUCAGUACACUUUCAGUUUCCACCACACCGCCCUGCUGCACCUCAUCGAGACUCUCGACUUGUGCAAUAUCACAUUAGUGGUGCAAGACUGGGGCGGGAUUCUGGGCUUAACGCUCCCACUCGCCUUUCCGUGGCGUUUCAAACGGUUCAUCGUCAUGAACACUUCUUUGGCAACCGGCCUGCAGCCGCCUUCGAAAGGGUUUCUGGAAUGGAGGGCGUACAGCAAUCGCACGCCAGAUAUGAAUAUUGCCGCGCUGUUGAAACGGGGAUGUCCACAUCUAAGCCGGGCGGAAGCGGAGGCAUAUAAUGCUCCGUUUCCCAACAAGGACUAUAAGUCGGGCGUGCGACGUUUUCCCAAUCUCCUCAUCGUUGAUCCAAGCAUGGACGGUGCCGAGGUGUCGCAGAAGAGUGUGGAUAUGUACUCCACGUCGGAGCAGUGGAAGGGAGAAGAUGUCUUCAUGGCUUGUGGGAUGCGGGAUAUGGUCCUUGGCAGUUCCGCCAUGAAGAGUCUGUCGCGCAUGUGGAGGAAUGGGUGCCGCUACAUGGAGGUCCAGGAAGCAGGGCAUUUCGUCCAGUUAUGGGGAGAGGAGAUUGCGAGGAAAGCGAUCGAGGUAUUCGAGCGGAAGGAGGGUGUAGAGGGCGUCAGUACUGUCCAGCCGAGAGCCUCGCGGCUGUGA